AUGCAUUUACCCAUUUGGCUUUUCUUUUCCGUGACGAGCAUGAUCCACCAGAAUCAAGCCGGAAAAAUGGACGGGCCCUUUGCAAUCAUUCCUUGCAAAGGCGAUGAUGUAUUAUUAUGCGUGAGACACAAGUAUGGGAUAUAUGACGAAUUGGCAGGACACCAGGACAUGAGGGCGAUAAAGGCGCCCUUGAUCCCCGGACAUCCUUCCCAUCACUGCAAUGAGGUCAAAAUCACCAAUUCGGUCGCCACCGGGGCAUAUUGUUGCCCUAACAGAGUCCCUUGGAAAUUGAAUGCUGCACGCGAUGUUGGUAGAGUUGCACGGGAUGUUGGUAGAGUUGCACACUUCGCUCUGGUCCGGAACCCAUCCUUCGACCUACCUGCCACUGAUUUAUCACAUGCACCCCAGUUUCUUCUUGUAAACAGCGCCGAUUUGAAGAAAGAAUGCCAGCCACGUCGGACAGAGUGGUUUCAGUCCCCAGGCCACAACUAA